CGGAUGCAGCUGAAUUUGGGAGCACUUCGACGUGCGGCAUGGUGUUGAUGUUGGUGUUGAGAAUCUAGGAAUGUCCGAAAGCGAGCGGGGUAGCGGUGGCUAGCACUAUCUGGCAACAACGGCCGAAAUAAUGCAGCCCGGGCUUCUUGUCUACGCGUAUACCUCUAAUUGGAUCAAAUGUCUACCGAACAGAAGCCUCCGAUCAUCCUUCAUCCCUUGGCGCCGCCGAGCCACGUCUCCAAGUCCGCAGCCUUCAUAUUUAUCCACGGUCUUGGAGAUGACGCAACAGGGGUCGCCAACAUAGCACAGCAAUUUCAGGCCGCCGGGAAGCUACCUUACAUGAAAUGGGUCCUCCCUAAUGCGCUCGAGAAUCGCGACGCCAUGACAAUGGCCUGGUUCACCCCGACUAGACUUUCGCCAUUCCCGCCAACACGACCUGAGCUCGACGAUGAGGAAGACGAGGAGGGCAUGAAAGCUAGCAUGAUCUACAUCGUAUCGUUGGUAGACAGCCUGGUACUUGAGGGCAUCCCGGUAGAACGAAUCAUCCUCGGCGGCUUCUCUCAAGGUCACGCAAUGGCGCUGCUCACCGGCCUGACAUCUACCAAAUAUGCUGGUCACUUAGGUUGGUUAGUCGGCCUGUCCGGCUAUCUGCCACAGGCGGAUAAGAUACCUGCACUGAGGGAUGAAGUGGGUCUGCCGGCGCCAUCCAAUGAUCAUACUAGCGUCUUCCUCGCAAGGGGCACGAGGGACAUGCUGGUGCCGAAAAGAUAUCUGACAAUCUGCGCAAAUAAGGUGCUGGAGUGCGGCGUCGAGGAGGAGAAAUUGACGGUGAAAGAGUACGAAGGUAUGGGACAUGUGAUGAGCGGCGUGGAGUUGAGAGAUCUGUGCGUAUGGUUGGAGAAAGUGGUACCUCCAGUGGAGUAAGAGGAUAGAAAAUUCAUAUCUAGAGUCCACUGCGGAGAAACAAUGACGAGGCUGCUGUAAGCGUGGCUUGGCUGAAAGUGACACGACUGAGCGCCAUUUACCACUGCUGAGACAUGUCGUCGGGCACCACGAGUCUGUGUCACAGAGUAUCGGUAUCACCAUCAAAGAAUGUGGUGUUGUCAAGAUCCAAAGAGUCGA